AUGGAAACACCCGAUGCUAGACCGUAUAACUUACCGGACAAUGCAGUUUGGUUCAUCACCGGCUGCUCCUCCGGCAUAGGACAAGGCCUCGCCGAAUACAUCGCCACCAAGAAGCCGUCCCAGCGCGUAGUAGCCACAGCGCGCAACCCAGCUUCACUCUCCGACAUCCCAGACGGCCCUAACGUCCUAAAACUAGCCCUAGACGUAACAUCCGUCGCAUCCAUCGACGCCGCCUUCGACACCACGCUCGCACACUUCGGGCGCGUCGACAUCGCCGUCAACAACGCCGGGUACAACCUCAUGGGCGACGCGGAGUCCUCGCCCCCUGGCAACGCCGGCGCCCGCGCGCUCCUAGACACGAACUUCUGGGGCGCGGUCGACGUGUCCAAGCGCGCAUUAUCCGUAUUCCGGGACUCGAACCCCAAGACCGGGCAACGGGGCGGCGUUAUCAUAAACAUUUCUUCCUUGGGCGGGUAUCUCGGCAGCCCGGGCAACGCCUUCUACCACGCGAGCAAAUUCGCGCUGGAAGGGUUCGCGGAGAGCAUCGCGAAGGAGGUGUUUCCGGAGUGGAACAUCCACCGGAUGCCGCGACAUCCGGCGUAUGACCGGCCCGAGGGGCCGACGACGGGGAUGUUGGCGUUUAUGGAUAGGCCUGAGCUGCAUGCGGGGUUUGCGGGGCCGGAGGAGGUGGCGGAGAGGAUUUAUGCGGUGGUGGGGACGGGGGAGAGGGGGAUUCCGAUGAGGGUGCCGCUGGGGAGGGAUAGUUGGGAGAUGGUUAUGGGGGAGACGGAGAGGGUGAGGGGGGAGUUGGAGGAGUGGAGGGAGUUUAGUUGUGGGAUGGGGAAUACGGAUGUGGAGGGUAUGGCGAAGCUUGUGAGGUAG